AUGGACAUGAUUUUUGAUGAAUUUAGAGAAGGCAAGAUCAACAUAGAUAAGACCUUAAAGCUGCUCAACAAGUUUGAAGUCUCUUACGAUUAUGUUCAUGUAAAAAAAGUUUUUAAGAAAAAUGACAAACAGAAGUCUGGACUUAUUACCAUGGAAGAUUUCAGAGCAAUAUACCGAAUGCUUCUUCACAGACCAGAACUGAUUGAACUUUUCAGCAGCUACUCGGCAAACAAAAAAGUUCUAUCACCAUCAAAUCUAGCUGAAUUUCUCAGAAAGGAGCAAUUUGAGCUUAAUGCGAAUGAAGGAAGGGCUGUUUCGCUCAUUAAUCGAUACGAACCCAUUAAUGAAGUGAUGUACAGUGGUGGUAUUCGUUCGGUUUGGCCCGCAAGAAGCCAGAAGGAGAUGACCAUCGAAGGCUUUAUACGAUAUAUGCUGUCAGAAGAUUGCGGUAUAUUCAAAAUGGAGAACAAAAUGGUUUACCAAGAUAUGAAUCUCCCACUGUGCGAUUACUUCAUAUCGUCUUCACACAACACUUACCUUAUCCAGGAUCAGCUAAUAGGGCCAAGUCAUCUGUGGGGCUAUGCCAAUUCCCUUAGAAGGGGAUGCCGCUGCGUGGAGAUUGACUGCUGGGAUGGACCAAAUAACGAGCCAGUGGUUUAUCAUGGACAUACUCUGACGAGCAAAAUUACCUUCCAGAAUGUCAUCAAUGUUAUACAAAAACAUGCGUUUGAGGCUUCAGAUUACCCCAUCAUUUUGUCACUGGAAAAUCACUGCAGCCCUCCGCAGCAGGAAAGGAUGGCAGCUCAUCUUCUCGACAUCCUCCAGGAUAGUUUGUGUACUACAACCAUUGACAAUGCUGUGCCAUCAGAGUUACCCUCCCCAGAGCAAUUGAAAUUAAAGAUCCUGAUCAAAAAUAAGAAAGCUGGAUCACUCCAAGACACCCUUAAUCGGAGGGGUCAGGCAUACCAGGGCCUUACAGAAGAAACCGAGGAUACCCUGGAGUCAGAAGAUGAAGAUGAUGAAGGUGCUGGACACAUGCUAAAGAAAGCGCUCAUUCGGAAGCCCAUUAAAAAAGACAAGGGAAAGGGCCAUAAAGUCAAAGUGGCUUUACUCCUUUCUGAACUUGUGAUUUAUACUGCUUCUCGGAAGUUUGUCAGCUUUGAGGAUUCCAAGGAGAAGCAGAAAUGCUACCAGAAUAAUUCCAUCGGAGAAGUGAAAGGUCAGAAGCUCAUCAGCCGGAGAGCUCCUGAUUUUGUCUCACACACCGUCCGCUUCCUUACAAGAAUCUAUCCCAAGGGAACCAGAACAGACUCUUCAAAUUAUGAUCCUCAAGAAUUUUGGAAUGUCGGAAGCCAGCUGGUGGCCUUAAAUUUCCAAACACCGGGUGUGCAGAUGGAUUUACUCAUUGGAAAAUUUUUGGACAAUGGAGGCUCUGGUUACCUUGUGAAACCAGAAUUCUUAAGAAGGAGAGACUCUGCUUUUGACCCAUUUAACGUUACUGAUAAGUAUAAUCCCAUUACGCUAACAAUAAAGAUUAUUAGUGGCUAUCAACUGCCUCCAAGUAAUCUCUCCAAAAGUAACAAGGCUGAUCCUUUAGUCAAAAUAGAAAUUCAUGGUGUUCCAGCGGAUAUGACAAAACGGCAGACUUCUGUCAUAAAGAAUAAUGCUUUGAACCCUAGAUGGAAUGAGACAUUCACCUUUACUGUCCAAGUUCCAGAUCUUGCCUUAAUACGCUUUGUGGUAGAAGAUCAGAUGGCAGUUCUUGCCAAUGACUUCCUUGGCCAAUUUACUUUGCCACUUUUGAGCAUGAAUAAAGGUUAUCGCCAUGUUCCAUUGGUCUCCAAACUUGGAGUCACCCUCAAGCCUGCCUCCCUGUUUGUCUACAUAUGGUACUUUCAACAGUAA